AGCACUACACCGCAUGGGGCAGCACCUCUACUGUGGAAUAACCAGAAGUACAGGGGUGAGUACUGUUAUCUCUCUAUUUCAUUAUGUGCGCGGUACAGAUGCGCGAUGUGAUGUCAACAAUAUGUAUAUAAGAUAUGAAUUGUGCCUUUUACGUUGCACAUGUUAGUGGAUAGUGGAAAUGUGCGUAUUUUAUUAUUGUUUAUCUGCUGAUGGCGUGAUUCUGUAAUUUUCGAUCUAUCACCAAGAUUAUUUUGAGAUAUUUUAUUUGAAGAUAAAAUAUCAGCUAUUUGAAGGCAAAUUUUUAAAAUAAAAGUGUUAUCCGGAACUGUAAAAUAUAUAUAAAUAGCCAAAAUAUAGCAUUAAAAGGUUGUGACAAGAUCGAAAUAACAUGGCUGGUCAGCAACAUCCAUUUCCAUCUGGGUUCCCUAGUGUACAACAAUCUGCAAUGAGAACGCAGUUUGGCGGAGGACAGAUGGUAUCUGGCUUAAUGGGGCCACAACAAGGUAGUAUGGUAAAUUCACAACAAUUUGGAGUUGGUGUAGGAGUCGGAGUUGGUGUAGGUGGAGUAGGCUCCAAUACUAUGGGUAUGCCCAGUGCUCAACAAGUAUUGGCACAACAACAACAACAACAAUCAGUUGCAAUGCAACAACAAGUACAACAGAUGCAACAACAACAAUUACAAUUACAACAACAGCAACAAGCUGCAAUGGUACAACAGAGUAAUCAAGCAGGCAACCAAGCUACAACACCACAAACUCCUGUUCCACCUACGCAACCACCACCUCAACAACAACAAAAUAAAGAAUUUAACACUGCUAGUUUAUGCAGAUUUGGUCAAGAAACUGUACAAGACAUUGUUAGUCGCACCCUGGAAAUCUUCCAAACAUUGAGAGUUCUUCAACCCCCAAAUGGCAUGGCACAAGGUACAAAUUUAGCUAAUGAAAAAAAGAAUAAAGUACAGGAACAAUUAAGGACACUUAAGUUAUUAUUUAGACGUUUGAGAGUAAUUUAUGAAAAAUGCAAUGAAAACUGUCAACUUCAAGGUAUGGAAUAUACGCAUAUAGAAAGUCUAAUUCCCUUAAAAGAGGAAUGGGAUAUGAAAUCCGAUGAGAAAAAGACUUCUGAAGCCUACAGACUUGCUUGUGAGGAAAGUAAAGAAAUCAUGGAACAAGUGGUAUUAAAAAAUAGACAUCUUAAAGAAAUCAUUGAUCACUUAAGACGUAUUAUUUCGGAGAUAAAUACAAUGUUAAAUAUGCGUCGUUCGUGAAUUGUAAAAUGUAAAUAAAUAUUUAUAUAAGUUACUAAAAAAAAAAGUUAAAAAAUAAAAGUAUUCUUUCCUAUGUAA